GUGACACUGACCGACGGGUCCCUUAUCGGCCUCCGAUUAUAAUUGUUGGUCUGUUGAGUAUGUGCAGUUCUGUUUCCCUAAACCCAUGCAGUGUGUGCUCCCAGUUCAUCACUCGCCUCAAGAAAGAUGUGGCGCUCUUGGGUCUGAAGUUGCCCUCCUACAGAGAUGGAGAAGGAAUCUUUGGUGGCUGACGCAGGUCCUAGUAGGUACCUUGUGACCUCAAUGCUGGACAGUCUUGCUGAAUUCCGUAACAUACCCUUCUAUACGAAUAAUUUAAAGUAUCCCUGGGAGGAAGAUGAGGAGGAGAUUAAGGCGAAUGAAUACGAUGGAAUUGAUUAUAAUAAAGUAUCGAGCAAACCAUGGCCAUCCAUGCCAUAUAGAUCUAGUAAGAGAAGAGGGGGAAGAGGAAGCAAUUCUGUUGAUCCCCAACAUGGGAAAUGGCCUCACCGCAAGAAAGUGGAUUCGCCGCAACCGCUCUUAACUAGUGAAGAAGUUCUUCGUGUUCGUUUGGACAUGUACAAUUUGAAAGAAUCUCAGAAUUCAGAAGAGUCCCUCUUCAAUUGCCUCACAUCUAAGGAGGAGCUGAAGGUCAACUUCCCUCACACCAUGACAUACUAUUAUCAUUCCAUUCGUGACGGCCUGAAAGCAAAGUCUUACCCGCACUUCUUUCACCAAUUUGUUGGGAAGUUUUCAUCUCCAUGCUGUAACUAUAUUGAACCUACGACUCUGGAAGGUGAUUUGCAAUACAUCGAUUUCUUUGACAAACUAAUGGAGUCAGCGAGGUACAGAGAGACCAAAGACGGGGUGCUAGCCAAGGCUAUUGUCAUUGCAAACAAGUUUUUCCAAAAAAUGCUGUUUUUUCAAAUUAGGAUUGCUGUUGAUGAGUACUUACAGCUCAUGCAUCAUCUCGAGAAGAUGGCGCAGAGGCAUAAGCUGUACUAUUACAUUGUGCAUGAAGAGCUAAUUGAGAAAAAGGAGCGUAAAGCUAUUUUCAAGCACAUCCAAGAAGGAAGAGUUCGUUUAUUCUAUGAUCUUACCGAGUUUGCUGCUCUAGAGUUGGAGGAUUGUGAAUAUACUGUACAAGACACGGUCGAACGUCUUAAAGAACUUACUGGUGGUAAGUCUCCUCCAAAGAAAAGCAUCAAAGAUGGCACUUACAAAAGGCGUAUCUGUAAUGAGAUCGAUAAGCUGUUCCCAAGAGAAAUCGAGCUUUAUACGUCUUUUCUCAAACAGAAAAUGAAGACAGCUGAAGAACACAAUGUUAUACCCAAGGGAACUUGUGAACGUUUCCGUAGUUUAUCUAACUUUGAGUCAAGAGAGAAAGAACUAGAGCUAUCUAUGUGUGUCACCUGCUAUUUCUCAGUGAAAGGAUUUGUUUAUGAUACUGCAGAAGGGACCUGAAGAAAAAUAUAGAGGUGAUUAGCCAAGCGCGUGAACUUUGCCAUUUCAUCAAGUUGACGAUUGCUUGAGGCUAGAGCAUUCAAUAUGUUAAGAUUUGGUUGAAGCUGGUGGCAUAGAACAUUUCUAUUUAUGUAGUUUUCUAGUAUUAUUAACAGGUUGUAUGAAACACUGAUUGACUAUAAUAAACGUACUAGUACAAAAUUGGGCAUGAUAGAGCUUUCGGACA